CAUCAAUGUUGGCGGUAUUUUGAAAACGAAGCGACUGUUGUUGUGGUCCGCGUCGUGGAGAAAACACAGAGAAAAAUACAAGUUAUGGCGGAGGUGAAGCCCAGUGGCCAGGAUGCAGCUGAGCUGUCAGAGGCCGCUCGCAGCGAGCUGUUCGACCUGUGUGAGGACCAGUUUGCUCAGCUGGAAAAGCUUCAGAAUGAGAUUAUACUGUGUGAACCAGAUUUCUGUGAGAAUCCGCAAGAGCAGUCAGUAAAUCUGCUGAUGGCAACAGAAGCUGAACUGAAGCAGUGGCUGACAGUGGAGCCACAGUUAUUGGCAACAAAUUCAGAAGUUUUACUUCAAGCUGGAAAAGAGGAGAUGCUCAAGCUGUGCUCUGAACUUGAGAUGAUUGUUUCCUGCUAUGAAGCAAAGAGAGACAAACUGAGAGAAACUAAAGAACUUGAACAGAAGUGGCUGGAGGAGAAGAAACAGGCGCUGAUGGCUGCCAGUGAUCAUGUUGAACGGCUUAAAGUGGAAAAGGAGAAAUUAUCGGAGCACAGUGUGUUGCAGGACACCAAGGAGAAAAUCCAGAAAAUGAAGGUCUACGGGGAAAGGUUGAUGGAAUCUCUUGGGGACAUACUGGAGAAGCACAUCCCUCUGCCACAGGACACAUCCAGCACAAACAAGAAGAAGAAGAACGUUACCCAGGAGUUAGAUGAAGACUUGAUUUCACUUAAUGAAAUUCUUGAGCUUCUUAUGAACAAGGUCUUGAACACACCACAUGACCCCUAUGUAACGAUAGACAACACAUUCUGGCCACCAUACGUGGAAAUGCUGCUCCGCUAUGGUAUCGCAGUGAGGCACCAAGAGAAUAACUUCAAGAUUCGCCUGGAAACCUUUUAUUAAGACGGCGAUGGUGUAUUUAGCAUCUCAAGCACCACCUCUCUGCUGGUAUUUCUAGUUUAAGUCUGCUUGUAUAGUACUAUCAUAUAUUUUUAUGUUCAUGUUCAUGUUCAUAUGAGGACUAACUGUCUGGGAAAGCAGUUAGGCUAGUGAUUUACUAUAUGCAUACGUUUAUCACAUUUACAUAUUUUUUAGUUUAACAACUGUUUUGUUUGUACAGAGUAACCAUGGGUCCUUUAAAAAGUCUGAGAACAAAAUAAAAAAAUAAGCCAUGAGAGUAUUCAAAUGUAUUAGAUUUUUAAUUGAUUUUGUGUAAAGUCAUUAAUUCUCAGAGUUGAAGUCGUCUCUUAACUGCAAACUGUACUUGAUCCUAUUUUCAUUGGCGAGGUUUAAUUAGCAAUAAGCGAUGUAUGUUUGUAUUUAUCUGUGCUCUUUAGCCCAUUUUUCCAAGGUGACCUUCUGAUGCCAUCACAGACCCCAAUGAUGUACUGUAAAUAUGUAGAUUUUGUUUAUUUCGUUGUCUGUAUAUAUUUUUCUUGUUCAUGUUUAAUAAACCUUGGA